AUGGCGUCGACAGCCAUAUCUCUCCAACUCAGACCCAAACACAGGCCAUUUCGUAACCCUAACUUCCUUCACUACUUCUCAUCUUCAACACCAGACCCUAAUGCCGAACCCCAAAACCCCACCACUUCCACCUCCUCCUCCUCCUCCUCUUCAUCCCAAUCCCAAUCCCAAUCCCAAUCCCAAUCCCAAGCUUCUUUCUCUUCGUACUUUAGCGACGUCAAAGCCAGUCUCAAGCAUCAAUCCCCACCCCAACCACCUCGCAAACCAUUUUCUCUCUCCUCCCCCUCGAAUCCUCCGCAAGCACCUCCUUCAAAAGUGGCGGCCUCUCUUGAAGAAAUCCGCAAGAACCUCUCCGAAUUCCGCCGCCGCUCCGCCGCUCCACUCCCGGACGACAAAUCCCAAUCAUCUUCUCAAUCCUCUCGACACAUCUCAUUCCAAGAACUCUACAAGCGCAAUGUCAUCUCCAAAGGCGAAGAUUCCAAUACCAAUGAAGCUAGCAAAGGCGGAGGGAAGCUCUCUUUCGACGCCAUUCGCGAGAGCUUACGUCAUCUCCGAUCGCAGAAAAAUCAAGGGUCUGGAGGAAACACAACCAACGAUCCGAUGUCACUUUCGAGGUUCAAAGAGAGUUUUAGGCUAAGGCCAGUUGAUCCUAGUGUGAAGGAAUCGCCGGUGGUGAUUGGGGGGAGUGACAGGUUGCCCUCAUCGGUGUUUGGGAAGGAAAUGAGGGAGAAAAAAGAGACGGAGGUGACGGCGAUGACGACAGAGUUUUUGAGGAUGUAUAGUUAUGGGGAUUUGGGACAGAAGUUGAGGAUGCUGAGGCCAGAGGUGGCAAAGAAAGAGACGCAGAAGAAUUGGUUUUCGUUGGCGGAGUUGAACGAGAGGCUAAUGAAGUUGAGGGAGAUUGAGGAGAAAGAGUCGGAAUCGAGGAUUGGCGGGAUUUCAUUUAAGGAGUUGAGGGAGAGUCUGGCGAAGCUGCAGAUUUCGGAUGCUGAGAAGGCAAGGAAGACUUCGAUGGAGAGACUUAAUGUCUUGGGAACUGCAAGCUUCAUGUUGGCACCUCCAAAGGAACAUUUAGUCGAAAAGUAUUUCCAUCCAGAUAACAUGUCGUCUUCAGAGAAAAUGAAACUCGAGCUUAAGAAAGUCAGAGAUGAAUUAAAGAUGUCAGAAUCAGAUUGUGGAUCUUUUCGUGUUCAAGUGGCCCAACUCACAACAAAGAUCAAGCAUCUAUCUACAGCUCUACACAAAAAGGAUAAGCAUUCUCGGAAGGGUCUUAUAGCCAUGGUUCAGAGGAGGAAGAAGUUACUAAAAUAUCUCCGAAGAACUGACUGGGACUCCUACUGCCUUGUUCUCUCUAAAUUUGGUCUACGGGACAAUCCAGAUUAUAAGAAUUAGACAAGCAUGUACCAAUGUCAGUUUUGUUUGCAAAUGAAAUUGCUAUGUUUUCAUUCAUUUUGUGAAAGAUGGAUUGGACUUUCUUAAUAUGUUUCUUUCCCUUUCCCUUCCCCUUUCUUUGUGAAAUGUUAGAUGUCGUCAUGGAACAUGAAUGUUCAAAUUUAGAUCAUAUAAAAGAGCAACCGGGGUCAGAGAUUUAUGGAUUGCCUGAGGCGCUGGUUAGUUAUUGGAUUUGUUCAAUUGUAUAUUUUGUUCUGAU